AAUGGUAAAAAAAAAAGAGUCAACAGAUUUCGAGCGAGGCGAAGUUAUCGGUUCUAUCUUGCUGGUGACUCAGAACAAACUAUUCCUAAAAAAACUGGAUAUGGGAAAACUACCAUUCAUAAUAUUAUACCUAAAUAUCGUAAAAAUGGUAAUAUUUCUGUUGCUUUCAGAAGUGGGUGA